GUGAACCACCGCGCUCCGCCGCCGCCGCCGAUACGGUCCGGUCCGAACCAUGGCGGAGAACCCGACCUCGUCCCCGAAACCUCAGCCUUCGAACCCGAUGGAUCCGGCGGCCUCGGCGGGGUCGAUCCCCCAGAAUCCGUCGCCGAACCCCCAAAUCCCGUCCCAAUCACCCCUCUCCCACCCCUCCCCUUCAAUCGACCCGUCGCAAAUGAGUUCUCAGAUCUCGUCCCCUCCCCUGCCUCAUUUCCCUCAGCAGCAGCAGCAGCAGCAGGCGCAGGCGCAGCCGCAACCGCAACCGCAACCUCAAUCGCUCGUCCAUCAACAGACGCAACAAUCGUUAGUCCAGCAGCAGCAGCAGCAGCAGCAGCAGCAGCAGGCUCAGAACGUUUCCGCCAUGAACAAUUUCCAAAUUCAGCCGAAUCUUCAGAGAUCGCCAUCGAUUUCUAGGUUAAAUCAAAUGCAGCAAAUUGGCUUACUGAGGCAGCAGCAGCAGCAGCAGCAAGGUGGAGUGUAUGGGCAGGUCAAUUUCGGCGGGUCCCAGCAGAACCAGCCGCAGAACCAGCAGAAUCAGAUGGUGACUGGGAAUCUCACGCGGUCGGGUUUGAUGGGGCAGAGCGCUCAUUUGCCGAUGCUAUCUGGUACGGCCGCGGCUGCUGCUCAGAUGAAUUUGCAGACUCAGAUGUUGAAUUCGCCAAGGCAAAAGGCAGGAUUAGUACCAGGGAGCCAAUUCCACUCUGGUAAUUUAGCUGGACAACCAUUGCAAGGGAUUCAAGCAAUGGGAUCGCUUGGCUCGUAUAACAUGAACUCACAACUAAGGGUUAAUGGUGCUCUAAGUUAUGGGCAGACGCGGAUGACCCCAGGGCAGAUAAGGCAGCAAUUGUCACAACAGGCUCAAAUUGCAUCUCCUCAAGUUCAAAACCUGCAAAGGACGUCAUCCCUGUUCAUGAAUUCGCCAAUAUCUGGAUUGACUCAAAAUGGACAAUCAGCUAUGAUGCAGAACAACUUGUCACAACAGCAGUGGAUGAAGCAAAUGCCAGCAAUAUCUGGUGGUCCUGGUUCACCUUCAUAUCGCCUUCAACAACAACAGAGGCAGGCUCUUUUGCAGCAGCAACUCGGUUCAACCCCUCAGUUUUCGCAAAACCCAAUGGCCCUGAAUCCGCAACAGUUAUCACAGCUGGUGCAGCAGCAGUCAUCAAUGGGACAUCCACAGCCACAUCAACAGCAGCAGCAGCAGCAGCAACAACAACAACUGCAACAACCACAAAUGCAUCCGCAGCAGCAGCAGCCUUCUCCUAGGAUGCAGGGACCUGCAGGGCAGAAAUCUCUUAGUUUGACUGGAUCACAGCCAGAUGCUACUGCUUCUGGUACAACAACACAAGGAGGAAGUUCGAGCCAAGGAACUGAGGCAACUAAUCAACUUCUUGGGAAAAGGAAGAUACAGGAUUUGGUUUCACAGGUGGAUCCACAGGGAGUACUGGAUCCUAAUGUUGAGGAUCUUCUUUUAGAAUUUGCUGACGACUUUUUUGAUCAGGUAACUACUUUUGCCUGCAGUUUGGCUAAACAUCGCAAAUCGUCGACAUUAGAGUCCAAAGAUGUGUUACUGCACCUAGAAAAAAAUUGGGGUUUGACAAUUCCUGGAUUUUCAAGUGAAGGGCAGAAGCACCUAAAGAAACCUUUAGCUAGUGAGGUUCACAAAAAGCGUCUUGAUAUGGUUCGUGCAUUGAGGGAUUCUUCGUUCAUGGAAAGAAGUUCAGAUAUCUCUAAAGAAAUAACGAGACAGGGGUCUGACAACAUAAUUGGGCCCAACCACUUAAUAAGGCCUUCACCAAGUUCUGACCAUUUGGUCGCACAACCAACUGGUUCUCAGAUGCUGCAGCAACUAACACGGUUUUAAUGUAGCUGAGAUUCCCUUGCUUCAGUCAAUUUGAAGAUGAGGUUAUUUAUCACCUGAUAUGUGGUUGGGCGUGGAGGACACAGACUGUACAGUAGUUUGGCAUCUGAUACAUGAAUUAUUUGGUCAAAGAUGACAGUGACUGACCAUGCUCAUUAGAUUCUUCCUGGAGUUCUACUCUCUGAUUUGGGAGAAUAAAGCAUCCAAAGCUGGGGCAGCUGGGUUUUUGUUCUAUUGUUAUUGAUUUAACCUAGUGUUGUGUGUUUGAUCUGAACUGGUGUAACCUUUAGAUGCAGAUAUAUGUUCUUGCUUGAAGAGAAGUGCUGAUUUCUUAAGGUGCUGUUCAAUCUUAGUCACAAUAUUGAAGUGCUUGUUCUUAUGGAUGAAUGUACUAAUAGGCAGACUUUACACCCCUUUGGAUAAAAUGUUAUACAUAAGAUGGGCAUCGAGGUAUUUUCAGUUUUUCAUUA